UGUCUUUUCUCCCGCUCUCUCUCCUCCCACUCGGUUUUCCUCUCAUGUUUCUUUGAGUUCUGCUCUUGCACAAUUCUGUUGUUGUCAUCUCUGCGGCUCUUACACAGAUUUAUAAAGUGAUGGCAGAGGAUCGGACAGCAGAGAGCACAGUGGAGCCACUCACCAAAGUGACAGGCGGCAGUAAACCCCUGCACCGCUUCCUCAGAGGAGAACCCAAGAGUAUCGGAAUUGUGCUGAUGAUGAUGGGUGUAUGUCUAUUCAUGUUUGGAAUGAAUAUGGAAUUGGACGAUACCAUCUAUGUUAUAGAAGAUCUAUACUGCCCAUUCUGGCUCGGGACACUGUUCUUCAUCUGUGGCCUCCUGUAUAUACUGUCUGAACGCAACCCGACCAAAAAGAUUAUCACAGCUAGCUUUGCUCUGAGUAUCGUCUCAACUUUUGGAGUGAUAUUUGCUUGCAGAAUCUUCUCCAGAUCAAUUAAUGGACACUUGCACAUGUCUUGGAAUUACACAGAGGAGAUUUACGAAGAACUACAUUAUAUGCCGAUUGCUAUAAUGGAGCUAGUGUUCCUCAUUCACAGUUUAAUCGGAAGCAUGCUGCUCGUAACAAUGUCGUUCUUUGCAAGGUCAGCACUGCGCUCCAGCAGGACUCAGGCUGUUGUUGUGAUGUGUAACCUACCUUCAUCUGAGUGAACGAACCAUCUAAGAAAACUAAAUUCACCUGAACAUCCAUUGGCAUCCAUAUUUUUUACAUUACUGCUUCCUGGGAGUUAAUUUCUAAAAUUCUACAUUUCUAGAAACUACUAAACCUAAUGUCUGCUAAUGCUACAUUUAAACAGAUAGUACUAAAGGGUUUGCUUAUAUAACACAUCACAGUAUACUACGAGAACAUAAAAUAUGACAAAUGUUUAUGCAUCAACUUCUGUUUUGUAUGAUUAGAAAAUUGAGUAUAAUUAAUUGUUAACUGUUAAUUGUCUGCUUAACUGGUGCAGUAUUACAUUGGCCCUGCAUAUAGCUGGUAUUAAGAUGCCUCUCAGAUAGGGUUGCCAACCGUCCCAUAUAAUACUGAAUCAUCCCGUAUUGGAGGGAAAGAUUUGCGUUCUGUAUGAAAUCCAUAGGGAAUACUUUUUUCACAUAUUUUAGUGUGUCCCACCCAAACUGCAGAGAAUGUUUAAUAAAUCAGGAAAAAUGGACAUCCAGGGUUCACGUUUUGUGAACUCGCAUGGGAGAGAAGAGCGCACAGCUUCACCUCCUGGAGGGAAAAGGCACUAUAUGCAAGCAGUACACCUGGCCAGCUGCCACACAUUAUGAAAGUUACCUGAUCGUACCUGAAAGAACACAGGAAACCGGCUCAACCCUGAGAUUGUAAAAUCUCACGAAGGUAUUGGGUGUUGCCCAACCAGCUACUCUGCAGAUAGUAGAGUGUGCUCGUAUUUCCCGAAGGGGCGGGCACAGCCUGGGCCUAGUGAGGGCUCACGUGAGAGUCUUCCGGACCGAACUCCAAGCACAUUUCUCUGACAGAGAAUGCUUGCAGCUCUCCACUCUCCCCUGAGCGGCACCUGCCGCAACAAUGCGUCCGUUGUGACGUUGAGGUUGCCGGGGAUGUGAGUGGCCCGCAGCGAUCUGAGUCACUGCUGCCUCCACUGUCAGGCGAGUUGCGACAUGCGACGAGAGUGUAAACCAACUUGUUGUGGGUGCUUGCCCUGGAUCAAUGGCAAUAGCCUCCGCAGGGCGAGUUGCACCCUCAGCAACUCGAGGCAGUUGAUGCAUGCAGGCGUUGUCCAGUACAGGAGCCGGUGGCUUUGAGCCCGUUGCACACAGCACCCCAGCCUGACUUGAAGGUGUAUGUCAUGACCAUGACACGCCUAGACACUUGCUGUAGGGGGACUCCGAAAUACAAGGUCUGUCCAAGGGCUGAAAAAGUGGCGGCAGGCUGGUGUGAUAGUCAUGCAAUAUGUGUCGCAGCACCAUGCGUAUCUCGGGACUCGAGUCUUGAGCCAGUGCUGUAGUGGUCUCAUAUGCAUCAACCCAAGCCGCUUGACUGCCGCUGAGGAUGCCAUAUGCCCCAUUAGCCUCUGAAAGAGCUUUCUGUGGGACCGCCGUUCUCCGACUGAAUAAGUUCAGGCAGUUCAGCACUGACUGCACAAACUUGCUUGUGAGGUGCACUGACAUUGAGACUGAAUCUAACUCCAUGCAGAGAAAAGAGAUGCUCUGAACCGGGGAGAGCUUGCUUUUUUCCCAGUUGACCAGAAGCUCUAAAUGGCUGAGGUGCAUGAGCACCAGGUCCCUGUGUGCAAACAGUAACUCUCGGGAGUGCGGGAGCCAGUCAUCAAGGUAAUUGAGUAUGUGAAUGCCCACUUCUCUUAACGGGGCAAGGGCUGCCACUGCGACCUUUGUGAAGACGCGAGGGGACAGGAACAGGCCGAAGGGGAGGACCUUGUACUGAUACGCCUGAUUGUCGAAUGUGAACCUUAGGAAGGGUCUGUAUCGAGAUGUGAAAGUCCUUCAGGUCUACCGCCGUGAGCCAAUCUGGAUGCCGGACGCAUGCCAAAAUGUGCCUCUGCAUCAGCAUCUUGAACGGAGUCUGUGCAAGGCCCGGUUCACAACUCGCAGGUCCAGGAUUUGCCACAACCUACCGCACUUCUUCGGAACAAUGAAGUAAGGGCUAUAAAACCCUUGCCUCAGCUGGGCUGGAGGGACAGGCUCUAUUGUGCCCUUCUGCAGAAGGACUGCAAUCUUUGCAUGUAGGAUGGUGACGUUCUUGCCUUUCAUGGAUGUGAAGUGAACGCAGUGGGACUGGGGUGGUCACCUGGCCAACUGAAUCGCAUAGCCGAGUCGGAUGGUUCUGGCCAACCAGCAUGACAGGUUGGAGAGCGUUAGCCACGCGUCCAAACUCCGGGCAAGGGGCACUUCACGGCGGGGGGAGCAGGAAAUGUCACGUCGAGGAGCAAUGCUUCUUAAUGACUGCGCUGAGGAAGUCCUCGAAGCACUUUCCUUGUUCUGUGUACCCGGCGUAAUGUGGGACAGCGUCUGAGGAGGAGGGUCUAUUGGGCCAUCCUCAAAACUCGUCAUCACCCGUGAAGGCAGGGAUCCAAGUUCGUGAGGCACACACUUUAAACUUGUAAACACAUGUUUAAACGGACUCGACUCGUACUCGCAUGUUUAAAGACUCGAUUAAGAUGGAUUCGAAACCAACACUAAAAAAUUGUUUAACAGAAGCUGGUUCUUUGAGCUAUAAAAAUGGAAAAGGAAAAGCAUAAUUUAAUUAUUUGGAAGAAAAAGCUUGAUAGAAAAAUAUUGUCUUUCUCUAUUGAUUGCAGCUUAGUUCUUUUGAUCAAAAAGUAAUGUUAAUUAAAAGUGAAGACUGAUAGAAAUUAGUUUUUUCCUGGACAUUGUCUUAAAUGUUCAUUUUAAGUGUAUUAGGGGCUGUUCACAAUCACACCAAAGGCAUUUUUGUGUCUGUUUGCCCUGUUUUUCAAUGAUUUUCUAUGUAAACAAGAUUUAACAUUUGCACGGCAUCUCAUGCUGGAGCAUCGCUGGAAAAAAGUGUUCCAUAUUUAAAGCUGGAAUGUCCCAUAUUUGGCUGAUAGAAAGUUGGCAACCCUACUCUCAGGUGAUCUGUUCACAAGUGUUCAGUGCUAAAUGCAGGUGUAAAUAGGGUCCAAAGCAGUUUUUGAUCGAAUGACUGAAACCACACUUACAAGUGUCCAAAUCACACUCUAAACACUAAUGCAUCCUGAUGUGUCCCUGACAGGACCGCAUACUAGCCUGUCAAUCAGCAAUGCAACCAAAACCACAUGUUUAAACUUGAUGCUUAUGUAUGACUUUUUAAAUGGAAACAGUCCAAUCAAAUAGUCUGGAAAAACUCAAAAAUACUUUAUAGAAUAUCUUCAGUAUGGCAUAUGCAGUGAAAUAGCUUUAGAUAAAAUUUGUGCUAAAUAAAAAAGUGUAAAUAAAUUAAUGUGAAGUGACCACAUGCUCUGUUAUUACAGAUACUGCAGUACAGAGACUAAAAUAACAAUGAACAUUCCCAUUUUAAUGUAAUUUGUGAUGGAUUAAAAUUUAAAGCAUGCUUUGUUUAAGAGCAACAAUGUGCCAUUAUUUCUGUUUAAUCAUAAUGCAGUGAUACUGAUGAAUUUAGUGAUGUAUACGGUCAUGAAAUCACAACAUUUUAAAAUUACAAUACUGAUAUUUGUGGUGUUUUGUUUACAGUUGUAAUAAUAUUUCUACACAUUAUGGUCUUUUUUUAUAUUCUUCCAUUUGUUGUUCUUUUGUACAAUGUAUCUCAUGUUUUGCACUUGAAUAAAUAAUCAAGUUUG